CAAUAAUAUUGGCUCUUCCAUCCGACGACAUGUGUCAGCUGCUCAACAAUUUCUCCGUCUUCGUCGUCUUCGUCGUCUCACUCGAUUCUCUAUUCAUCUUGUAGCAUUCGUGAGGAUCCCCCUAGGUUGUCUCAUUAUUCAUCUCACAUCACUUAUGAACUAUUACCUAUUCUCCCUUUGUUUAAUACUUCUGUGUUCAAUUGUCAAAACAAGCCCAGUAGGACAUGAUGGAACAGAGGAUGAUAAUCUAGAAUCCAGAAGAUCUGAAGAUGUAACGACGACUCAUCCGACGUUCACAGUUCAACGAUUAGAUGCUCCGAUUGAAAGAAUUGAGAUACGAUUAAUUGAUGAUAACACAACACAUUCAGCACCUGAGGUCACUGUGAGUCCUGUAAGAGAAGUGGAGAGAGUUAAAGCUGAAAAUGAUGGAAAUCAAGAAUUGGUCUCUACGGAACAGACUGCUGAGCUUGUCCAUGAACCAGAUCAACAUCCAUCACCAGCACCUACAGAACCAUUAACCGCUAACGAUGAUAUGUACAAAAAAGUUGAAUAUGUAGUUCAACCGACUUCAAAUGAACUUACACCUACUACGGAUAGAUCAUCUGAGCCAAUUGUCGUUGGUGAAGAUCCUUCCUACUACUCAACAACACCGUCUGAUCAGCAAGCUAGUGCAGAGGCAAAAGCAUGGAUUUCAGUGUCUACAACAGUUCCGAAGUUUGAGGGAGACAUUGAUGAAGAUGAUCUACCCCCGCCACCAGCUACUGAGGAUACGGAGAAUGAAGAACCUGAGGAGGAAUGUUUGGCAAAUAAAGAAAAAUUGAGUGAUGAAGUUAUUGAAAAACUUCAAGCAGAAACUACAAUGUACUAUAGACUUGUCCGUCAACGAAAUGAGCAACAAAAAGAGUAUUGUGGAGGUGGAGAAGCCAGAGAUACAUCUUCCGAUAUGUUCAGAAGAUGUAGUAAUUGGAGAGCCGAGAAACUUGUCUACUAUUACAAAUUGAUGCGUAAAACCUAUUGCCAAGUUGACAAUUGGCCAAAUUCGCCGAAAAUCAAGAAGACAUAUGGAGAAUAUCUGAAUUUGUUUGGCACUUUUUAUGCUUUCCAAAAGUAGAUUUGUAUUUUUUGAUUUUCUCUGAAACGGGUAUCCUUAUCAAUAUUCCUGUACACGAUCUUAUUCGUCUGUUUAUCGAUAAACUGUCAUACAAAUCGUCAUAUUAAUCAAAUGCUAUGAAAAAUCAAAAGCAUUUUCUCUCUGGCUCUUCCAGUGUUGGUAGUAGUUUGUUAAUCAAGCAUUGACGAUAGAUUUUUCUGUUUUACAUUUGAUUUGUCAAUUUUUGAAUGAAAUGUUUAUAU